GGGGGGCCGGCUCCCGGCUGGACGUGCCUGCUGCUAUGCGCCGCGCUCCGGAGCCUGCUGGCCAGCCCGGGCAGCGAGGUGAAUUUACUGGACUCGCGCACAGUAAUGGGGGAUCUAGGAUGGAUAGCCUACCCAAAAAAUGGGUGGGAAGAAAUCGGUGAGGUGGAUGAAAACUACGCUCCGAUACACACAUACCAAGUAUGCAAGGUAAUGGAACAGAAUCAGAACAACUGGCUUCUGACCAGCUGGAUCUCUAAUGAAGGGGCAUCCCGCAUCUUCAUUGAACUCAAAUUCACCCUGAGGGACUGUAACAGCCUUCCAGGAGGACUUGGGACUUGCAAAGAGACUUUUAAUAUGUACUACUUUGAGUCAGAUGAUGAAGAUGGGAGGAACAUCAGAGAGAAUCAGUACAUCAAAAUAGAUACCAUUGCUGCUGAUGAGAGCUUCACAGAGUUAGACCUCGGCGAUAGAGUUAUGAAGUUGAACACAGAAGUGAGAGAUGUUGGGCCUCUAACGAAAAAAGGAUUUUACCUUGCUUUCCAGGAUGUGGGUGCCUGCAUCGCCCUGGUCUCUGUGCGUGUGUACUAUAAGAAAUGCCCAUCAGUGAUCCGCAACCUGGCACGCUUUCCAGAUACCAUCACAGGAGCUGAUUCCUCACAGCUGCUAGAAGUGUCAGGCGUCUGUGUCAACCACUCAGUGACUGAUGAGGCACCAAAGAUGCACUGCAGUGCUGAGGGAGAAUGGCUGGUGCCCAUCGGGAAGUGCUUGUGCAAGGCAGGGUACGAGGAGAAGAACAACACCUGCCAAGUAUGCAGACCUGGGUUCUUCAAAGCUUCACCCCACAGUCCAUCCUGCAGCAAAUGUCCCCCUCACAGCUACACGCUUGAUGAAGCAUCCACAUCUUGCCUGUGUGAAGAGCACUAUUUUAGGAGGGAAUCAGACCCACCUACAAUGGCCUGUACAAGACCCCCCUCUGCUCCUCGGAGUGCCAUCUCAAAUGUUAACGAGACUAGUGUCUUUCUGGAAUGGAUUCCCCCUGCUGAUACUGGUGGAAGGAAAGAUGUGUCUUAUUAUAUUGCAUGCAAGAAGUGCAACUCACACUCAGGUCUGUGCGAGGCAUGUGGCAGUCAUGUCAGGUACCUCCCCCAGCAAACCGGCCUGAAAAACACCUCUGUCAUGAUGGUGGAUCUGCUUGCUCAUACAAACUAUACCUUUGAAAUUGAGGCAGUGAAUGGAGUGUCCGACCAGAACCCUGGAGCCCGGCAGUUUGUGUCUGUAAAUGUAACCACAAACCAGGCAGCACCUUCUCCAGUCAGUAGUGUGAAAAAAGGGAAGAUAACUAAAAAUAGCAUCUCCCUUUCCUGGCAGGAGCCAGAUCGACCCAACGGCAUCAUCCUGGAAUACGAAAUCAAAUAUUUUGAAAAGGAUCAGGAAACAAGCUACACCAUCAUCAAAUCCAAAGAGACCACGAUUACGGCAGAUGGCUUGAAACCAGGCUCAGCAUACGUCUUCCAGAUCCGUGCCCGGACAGCUGCUGGCUACGGUGGCUUCAGUCGAAGAUUUGAGUUUGAAACCAGCCCAGUGUCAGUAGCUGCAUCCAGUGACCAGAGCCAGAUUCCUAUAAUUGUUGUGUCUGUAACAGUGGGAGUUAUUCUGCUGGCUGUUGUUAUCGGUUUCCUUCUCAGUGGAAGUUGCUGCGAUCAUGGCUGUGGGUGGGCUUCUUCUCUGCGUGCUGUUGCCUAUCCGAGCCUAAUAUGGCGGUGCGGCUACAGCAAGGCUAAACAAGACCCAGAAGAAGAAAAGAUGCAUUUUCAUAAUGGCCACAUUAAACUGCCUGGUGUAAGAACCUACAUUGAUCCCCACACCUACGAGGACCCUAAUCAAGCCGUCCACGAGUUUGCCAAGGAAAUAGAAGCUUCGUGCAUAACCAUUGAAAGAGUUAUUGGAGCUGGUGAAUUUGGAGAAGUCUGCAGUGGACGGCUGAAACUGCAGGGAAAACGUGAAUUUCCAGUGGCUAUCAAAACCCUGAAGGUGGGCUACACAGAGAAGCAAAGGCGAGAUUUCCUGGGAGAAGCGAGCAUCAUGGGGCAGUUUGACCACCCCAACAUCAUCCACCUGGAAGGCGUUGUCACAAAAAGCAAACCUGUAAUGAUAGUAACAGAAUACAUGGAAAAUGGUUCUCUGGAUACAUUUUUAAAGAAGAACGAUGGGCAGUUCACGGUCAUUCAGCUGGUCGGGAUGCUGCGAGGCAUCGCAUCAGGGAUGAAGUACCUGUCUGACAUGGGUUACGUACACAGAGACCUUGCUGCCAGGAAUAUCCUCAUCAACAGCAACUUAGUCUGCAAGGUGUCCGACUUUGGCCUCUCCAGAGUCCUAGAAGACGAUCCUGAAGCAGCGUACACUACCAGGGGAGGGAAGAUCCCCAUCCGAUGGACGGCACCUGAAGCAAUUGCCUUCCGCAAAUUCACAUCAGCCAGCGAUGUGUGGAGCUAUGGCAUUGUGAUGUGGGAAGUGAUGUCCUAUGGCGAGAGACCUUACUGGGAAAUGACAAACCAAGAUGUGAUUAAAGCCGUGGAGGAAGGCUAUCGCCUGCCAAGUCCCAUGGACUGCCCUGCUGCUCUCUACCAGCUGAUGCUUGACUGCUGGCAGAAGGACCGCAACAGCAGGCCCAAGUUUGAUGAAAUUGUCAGCAUGUUGGACAAGCUCAUCCGUAACCCAAGCAGCUUGAAGACGUUGGUUAAUGCAUCGAGCAGAGUAUCAAAUUUGUUGGUGGAACACAGUCCAGUGGGGAGUGGUGCCUACAGGUCAGUGGGUGAGUGGCUGGAAGCCAUCAAAAUGGGCCGAUACACCGAGAUUUUCAUGGAGAAUGGAUACAGCUCAAUGGAUUCCGUGGCUCAGGUGACCCUGGAGGAUGAAUCACCUUGUGAAAAGUGGAGCCUCACCCUCCACCCCCUCUUUCCAACUGGAUAUCAGACUUGAAGGAAACCUUUCCAGUGGAUCAGACCUGCUCUUUAAACUUGUGGACCACCUAGUGACUUUGAGUGUGUCUGGAGCUCUUUCAAUCCACUGCAAGAUUAACUUUACCAGGACAAUACUCAAGAAUAGAUAGAUCCAUGACAUGAGUUUCAGUCUGAUAUUUGACUGGACCAAUUACUAACAAAAUGUGGACUGCAUACUUACACCUUUUGAAAGAUCUGUGCUCACCGAAUCUCAGGACACCCUGUUGUUUGUUAUUAGAUGAAGAACUCUGAAUAUUUGUAAUAAUAUGUGAUGUGUUGCUUUGCAUUGUAUUUUUUUCUUAUAAAAUAAAAUAAAUUAUUUAUUAAAAGUUAUACUGGAUGAAGAACAUUUAAGAGUUCACCUGCUCUAGAUACUUAUUCUUAACCUAAAAUCUCAGUUCUGGAUAGUGAUACUGCAUACACUUGUGAACAAACCCAUUCUCAUGUCAUAAUUAAAUAGGAUGGGAGUAACGAAUAAGAGCAGAUGAACUCUUAAACGAAGAAAGAUCCUAAUCUCAUGCAAAGGUCCCUUGCAAGUGGAUUCCUCUCGCCCUAGUGUCUUCUAAAGGUCUUUGAGGUUAUUCUUUCCCCUCUUUCAAACUGACAGCUAACUCUGUGAGUAGUGUCAGUCUGCAUGGGCCAGUGUAGUGCUGCGCUGUGUGAAGGAAAGUGCUACAAUAUGGCUGGGGUGGGAGAUGAAAUGCAAAAUAAUCUCUGGCAGGCUGAUGGCUUCCAGCCAUGGAGGUAUUUCAGGAACCUGGCCCUUUUGGUUGCAUGAGUAAUGGAGUGGUGAGGAGUGUUGUAUUUUAUGUGGCAAUCCAGUCCUAGUCUACACUGUGUUUGACAAAUUGGUCCAUGGUGUAUAAGUAGUUCUAUUUGUAAAUAAAGUGUUUUAAAUAUAUUUCUUACAACGUGGAGACCAUGAAUUCAACUAUUUCAAAUGGAGGAUAUUGCAUUUAAGGGAGUACUGUAUUGUCACUGGCACACUGAAGCCAGGCUUUCAUAUAAGGCCAUGGUAAAAGCAAGUGUGCAGCUGCUUACAGGCUGUUUGGAAUGGGCCGAUACCUGUUUUCCCCUUUAUUUCCUUGGCUUUCUGGUUAAGUUGCCCUCGUAGUACUGUGUCAGCAUGUGAUUUGAAUUCCUGUGUGUUUCUAUUUUCCACAUUACAUGAAAGAAAGAAAUGAGAAGGGCGAACUUAUUCCUGAAGCAGGACUGAAAGUUGUCUUGUUGCUGCAAGUCAAGUAUUUGGAAGCAGGGAGACCUGCUUAAUAUGACACAUGGGUACUCCUAUCUUCACAGCCUCAAGAAAUGCCCAUGCAGCUGCCACAUCAGCGCAUGCAAACCCAGCAACUGGGGUAGAGUCACUUGCAUGGCAAGGUGUAGCCUGGAUGCUGACUGCAAGUGCCAUUUGCAAGGUCUCAGAUGUGCCUUUUCUUGCAGGGAAUUGCACUUUUCCUGUCACCCCCCAGACAUUUGCAGAGCCUGUGAAGAUAUGCUUCCAUACAUCUCUGGGAAGCUGAGCCCAGUGAAAUUGCCAAUUAACUGUGGUAAAAUGGAACAAUGAGCUUUGGACUGAAUUUUUAGGACAGUUGUGUUGCAGACCUUCAGCAAAGAAAUCUAUUUUGUCUCCAAACUGGCUGUUAUGUUCUCCCAGUUUUGUUUAAAAUUGGCUUCUGUCUUCCACUGCUUUUAGUCCAGUGCUUUGACGCUGGAUGUAUGGGAGGCUGCAACAGGGUGCAAGUCACACUUGAAAAAGGGAAUUAAAGCUCCUGCAUUCUUGAGGCCUUUUGCUGCUUUUUUUUUUUUUUCCCCUCAAAAGUUUUGUUGCUGGCUUUGCAAAGUGCAAGUUAGCUUUUGAAUAAAGCUGACAAUUUUAUAUUUGGUGAGCAUCUGGCUCAGGAGCUGUUGUCUGGAUUAGGCUUUUGGUCAGUCUUUGUAGAGCUAAAUGACCAUACAGCACUUUUUCCCCUCUCUGAGGAGUCCCCACACUUUUGGCCAGUGGCUCCGCAUUCAGGAGUAUUCAAUAGUCAAAAAAAUAGAUUAGAUCUCCUGGUGAGCAACUAAUGGAUUGAAACUAGAAACUCGUUUUUCUUCUCUCUGUCUGUGCCUCUCUUAAAUCAAUGAGGCACUGCUCAAGGAUAUUGGGUUAUGCAGGAUGCUAUGAGGAAAAAAGACUCUGUAGUGAGUACCCUGAAAACCUGAAAAUGGUGCUUGGAUCCUUUUGAUGAGGAAGCCUGCUGCGCCAGAGAGCAUGGACCUUUUCUCACUAGACUGACUGAGCUGUGUAUGAAAUGCAAAUACACACAUGCCUUGCUGAUAGUUUCAGGCUAGCUUUUCUGCAUAACAUGCAAGAGCAGAGAGAUAUUACCAGAAACAGUACAUAUGUGAAAUAUGUGUUGCUGGAUUUUCAAAAGAGCUCAGUUUGCACUUUUAGAUACCUGAAAAAAAUAGCUGAACUUUCAAAGAGCACCAGCAGAGCAGCAUUCAGCAGGGGGGAAGAUGGAUGUUGGCUCUUCUAAAAUUCUGGUCCUAUACUGUUUUUUUUUAUCUUUGGUGUGAACUUCCAACUGUGCUGUGUACAUAAAAUAAAUUGCAUGGAACAAUAGUAUUACUACAUUUUCCUUCAUUAUUAAGAUCGCUUGCUGAACUAGUUUCACAAUUCAGUGGAGGUAGAAAUGAAAGCAUGUCCCCCUGAGAAGGUAGACACCUUUGCAGAUGCUGCAGCCUUUUCUUCCAGGUAAGGAGUGUGCUGAUGUGUCUCAUGGACCUCUGUUACUCCGCACCCAUUGUGUUGUGAUUUCCAGUAUGCAUCAGAGAGAUGCUUCACUGAAAAAGGGUAUGAUGAUGGAAUGUAGUGUUUAGCCUCGAGCAGAAAAUCUGGGAUUUUCCAAAUCAAAAGGCUGAGAAGUGUGACAAUCCUAUGGAGAACAGAUCUAGCUUUUGGCUUCAACUGGUUUUUGUGUUAACACAUCAACCUUCACUCGGGAUUGUUUUUUAUUAGAAACGAUGUUUUUCUGAAGUGUUCAUCUAUGUAAUUUUUGGAUGUGGAUGGUUGUAUUUACACAGGAGUUUCUGUCCAGAAUAUAAGUCUGCUGAAAGACACCUUGAUGGCUAGCUCACAUGCAUUAUGUAAUGGCAUUCUGGUGUUCAUCGCACGCGUUCACCUGCAGUCGUCUGUGCACUGUGGGCCAGGUUUUCCAGUGUGUCUCAGGUGGCGGCUGGGCUCCUGGGAACAGCAGGAGGGACCAGGGAGCUGCAAUUCUGAGUGUCUGGUGAUCUGGUGACAUCCCGCUAGCUUUCAAUGGAGAGCCUUCUUCUAAAUGGCUUGUAUGUUUCUGCAUACUCUCCACAAACUAGUGUCAGCAGCACUGGGAUUCACACCUUUAUUGGCAAAACAGUAGAGCCCUUCUUUGAAAACAUACUACAUGCAGUCCAGCUGGAAGGUAAAAAACAAGGAGCUCAUAAUUCUGUGGUGGAAGUCUUCAGAUGAAGCAUCGUGUCUCGUCUAAGUCAAAUUGCUUCCCUAACAAUCUAUGUCUCAUGUUGGAAACAUAUAGGCACCUGUCUUGAUCCUUCUUCCAAAUGUCAUUCCUUCAAUUUCUUUGUUAUCAAUUUUCGCUCUUUAACGAAAUCAGUAUAAUUGCACUGCCAUAACCCACUGUGUGAGAGGCACCCCACCUGGCUUUUAGCUGUGUCAUUAAAUCUAAUCAGGGAGCAACUCAUCCCACACUUUGAAUGGGAUAAAUCAUCUCAUGGAGGUGCUUCUCUCACAGUUCUCACAGAAACUUGGCAAUUAGCUUAAUCUAGAUACCUACAUUUUAGAGAGCUAAAUUUCUGUGAAGACAACUGUUCUUCCUAGUCGUAUGUUACACCUUUCUUGUAAUGGCACCCUGCUAGACAGACUCAACACAAAUGCCUUUAUCUUUUAGAAUUCUCACACACAAAAUAGUCAAGCCUGUGUCUUCAGCAAGAUUUGCAAAGGCUCAGAGGGGAGCUGUGUUACGAAUUCAUGUUGACUUUAGAAGGCCGUAAUGGUGGUAGCUGUGCUUAAGGCUUUUGCCAUUCAGCUCUCUCUAGGAGCAGGCAAUAGGAUUGUGGUUUGUGUAUCUUUGGCUUUGCCUCAUCUGAAGAGGAAGGAAGUGUGGAUUGAUCUUACUCCUCGCUGUUCGUAUCCAAGAUCAAAUACCAGUCUCUCCCAGGAGAAGAGGAAACUGCAACACACAUUUUCUUACGCAGGUUUUCUCUUGGAGUAGGACUUCAUACAUGUAGUGGAGUCCCUUGCUGAAGCCAAUGCUAAUACUUUGCUUUCAAGCUUUUCCCCUUAGUCACCAAGAUGAUCUUGGUCAAGCCAUGUCACCUCUCUGAGACUUUGUCAGCCAUUUAAAAAAAUUGGGAAAAUUAAAUGUGCCUCCUUAUUUAAAGGGCUUUGGGAGCCACAGAUGGUAAGAGGUAGGCGCUGGCAGCAGCAUCGACGCAUGCGGUGCGUAGUGUGUGUGGCGGCAUGUGCCUGAACAAUCCCUGGAACCAACAUCUGCUUUCUC